AUGCAGGUGGCUUGCGCGUGCCGCGUGCCCGUGGUGGGGGGUCGAAGGACGCAGCUGGGGGUUCAGAGCCAUGUGGAGACGUCGCACGGGCACGCCUCCCGGGCGCGCGUCGUCCUCCGGGCGCAGCGCGUGCGCGAGGCGGUGGCGCAGCUCACGCGCAGCAAGCAGGGGAAGGCCGCGGGGGGCGGGGGCAGCCCAGACGAGGAGGAGGGCGGCGAGGAAGUCAAGUGGGGCCUAUUUGACUGGAGCCAAUACAACCAAGGCUUCGACGUGCCGUGGGGCUUCGGCACCACGAGCGUCGGCUUCCUCACCUGGCUCGCGGCCUUCCUCGCCACGGGCCUCGCGGGCGUCCCCGUCCUCUGGCGCGCCGCGGGCCAGCCGCCCAUCUCAUCGCUCACGCCCGACGAGAAGUCCAUCUUUCUCCUCGUCAACCAGAUCGCGGAAGUCGCGGUCGGCAUCGCGGUGAUCCGCGCGGUCACGGGCCUCGCGACGGGCUGGAAGAAGCCCGGCGAGGACGGCGGCCCGGACGAGUCGUUCCUGCGCAUUGACCUCCGGGGGCCUUUCCGCAAGCCUGACGGGUGGCUCUUCUGGGGGAUGCUGGGGACGGCCGUGUCGCCCGCGGUGCUGACGCUGUCGGCGACGCUGUCGCAGGUGACGGGGUACCAGGCGGCGCAGGGGGGCGGCCGCGGGACCGCGGACGAGGUGGCGAACAUCCUGGCGACGCCCAACGGGCUGGAGCUGGGGUCGCUGCUGGUCGUGACGGCGGUGCUCGCGCCCGCGCUGGAGGAGAUCGUGUUCCGGGGGUUCCUGCUCACGUCGCUCACGCGGGUCAUGCGGCCCUGGCAGGCGGUCGUGGCGUCGUCCGGCGCGUUCGCGCUGGCGCACCUGUCGACGAAGGACCUCCCGCAGCUGUUCGCGCUCGGGCUCGUCCUCGGCUUCAGCUACGUGCGGUCGCGCAAUCUGAUGGCGCCCAUGGUCAUCCACGGCGCGUGGAACGGCUCCGUGCUCAUCAUCCUGGCCGCGCUGGCCGCCAGCGGCGUGGACCUCGACAGCCUGCUUGCCGACCAGGGGUGA